CUUUAACUUUAGAAUCAAAUUGACGUUCAACCAUAGUAAAUAAUAAAGUAAACAUCUUAUAAAUCUCUAUUUAGUCAAAUAAGAGAUACACUCGGACAACUCUAGAAUAAUCAUCAAUUAAAGUAAAGAGAUAAGUAGCACCACAAGAGGAAGGAGUUGAGUACUUCCCCCAUAAAUCAUAAAUGUAUUAUUUCAAAAUGCGAAGUUACUCUAAUUUUACUAAUAGGCUAUUUAUCUCUAGACUGUUUUUCUAGAUGACAUACCUCACAAGCUUUCUUAGAAAUGCUACUAGAUUUAACCAAAAAAGGGAGAGACCACGUCCGCACCACUUCAUCUCAAGGAUGACUAAGAGGUUGUUCUGGAUUAUUCUGUCCCUUUAUUCUUCAAAGUCUAGAUUUGUUCUUCGAUUUUGUGGGUUUGUUCUUCGAUUUUAUGGGUUUGUUCUUCGAUUUUUUGGUUUGUUUUGGGUUUGUUCUUGAUUAUUUUGUGCCUUUGUUCUUCAAAAUCUGGAUUUGAUCUUCGAUUUUUUGGGUUUGUUCUUCGAUUUUUUUGUUUGUCUUGGGUUUGUUCUUGAUUAUUUUGUGCCUUUGUUCUUCAAAAUAUGGGUUUGUUCUUCGAUUUUGUGGGUUUGUUCUUUGAUUUUGUGGGUUUGUUCUUCGAUUUUUGGAAUGUUGUUGAUGAUUUAGUCCUUUUUUUUUUUUGCUGUUUCAAGGUCUGGCUUUGUUCUUCAUUAUUUUGUGCCUUUGUUCUUCAAAAUCUGGGUUUGUUCUUUGAUUUUUAUGGGUUUGUUCUUUGAUUUUGUGGGUUUGUUCUUCGAUUUUUGGAAUGUUGUUGAUGAUUUGGUCCUUUUUUUGGCUGUUUCAAGGUCUGGCUUUGUUCUUCAUUAUUUUGUGUCUUUGUUCUUCAAAAUCUGGGUUUGUUUAUUCUUCAAAAUCUGGCUUUGUUUUUGAGUUUUUACUGAUUUUUUUUUUCUGUGUUUUAGGAUCUCUGUUUGAUCUUGAUUCUUUUGUGGGUUUGAUGAACACUACUAAGAUUGUUAAUCAUGAUAGCCCUAAAAGGGUUGAUUUUGAUAACCCUAAAAGGGUUCAUGAUGAUUACCCUAAUUAUCCUGAUAAAUCUGAAGAUGACUAUGAAUCAUUUGUUGAGACUAAUCCAUGUUGGGGUCGAGAAUUGGAUUCUGAGGGUGAACCUAUCUACACUCCAGAACCGGAUGAUCCUAACCAUGUGUAUAACUCGAUAGAUGCUGUAUUUGCUGAAAGUGAUUGUGAAAAGGAAGAAUGGCUUGAUAUCCUUGGUCCAUUUACAAGGUUGAUAUACUUUGAGUUUUGUUUCCGUUUCCGUACGUACAAUGCUUUUAUCAAGCUUUGGAGCAGACCUUUUGAAAGAAAGUAUUCUUUGAACGGAAAAGAUUUAGUAGCCGCCACAACAUCAUGAACCUGAGUUGCAGCCACCGCCAGAACAGCAGCAGCUGCCUCUAAAAAUUGAUCUCAACCUUUCAUAUACAAUGGAGAAAUAGGAUUAAUUUUUAGAAUUCCCAGUUUGUGUAAUUGUGAUGUUAGAUUGAAGGUUUUCUUUUGUACUAAUGUGGCGGCAUAGGAAAUUUAACAUUUAGGGUACUUUCUAGAAGUUUUCAAGUGGUCCUGGUACUAGAAGUACACUACACGUACUAUAGUAUACCAAUAACAAUUUUUAUUUACAUUAUUAGAUUAGAUAAAUAAUUUUUAUUGGUGCUUUUUUUUAGGAUUAGUUAUUAAUUCAAUUGAGAUAAUAAACUAAUGUUUUGAAUUAUAAUUUAUAUUAUGAAAUACUUACAAUUGAUUGUAACCUACUAUAUGAGUGUGAGUAAGUAUUAUCGCUAUCAAGAGAGAGUAUACAAGUUGGCUACUGAUUGAGUUUUGACAUCUAGGUGAAUUCCUUAGAUUUGGUGUUUUUGGUGCGAAAAAAUUGAAUAGCUUUAACUUAAGAAGUACUUGUUUUACAAGUUUUUAAAUCACUAAUUGAAAGAUUACUUGUUAAAGAAGUAACUGACAUUACUUUAAUAAACUUGCUUUUUAUGAUAAUAUGUAAUUUUUUAACUUUUAACUUUAUGUUUGGGGUGUACCCUUGCUUGUGGACUGUUCAUCUUGCUACCUCCGUUUCGUUGUACUUACUAGUGCUACUGAUAGUGAAAUCUUUUUAUACAAUAUAUUACAGUUAGAGUUGAAUAUUUGAGAUUAGAGAAUGUUUAACAUUUUUAGCUUAGUAGCAAAGUAAAAAAAAGAAGACCAAAAUAUAAGUAAAUACAUAUGGGUGUUUGAUCAUGAAAAGAUGUAUGUCAAAUGGAAAGACUGUUGCUCAACAUUUUAUAAAAAAUAGCAGGUGUAUAUCUAAAUGAUUAUAUGCAAACUUAUGGCAUAUAUACUCGUACAUGAAGGAAUAUGUCCGUAGACAUUUCCGACAAUUACUAAAUAUAAAUAUAUAGGAUAUUUAUGAAGAUAAUAAAGUUAAUUAUUAUUAGUAAUUAUAUUUGCUUGCUAGAGAAUAAAUAUAAUUGGUGGGUCAAUAAUAAUUGGACCACAACUAAUAUAAUUAAUCCUAUAAGGUCUUACAAAAGAAUCAAUUGAACGAUAAAUGACUCGGGCCCAUUAGGAGUAUGGGCUUGCGAUCCAAUUAGGUUAACAAAAGAAUCGGUUUCUUUUGACCUAGGUUACUAGUAUUAUAUGAGGACAUAAUGCUAGUAGUGGAGAAGUGGGGAUAAUGGGAUGAUGGGUGUGAGUAUUAUAAAUAUGUUUAUUUAAACUCUCACCAUACACAAUUCUCAUACACAGUUAUUGAAAAACCAGAAAAAGCAAGAGAAACAAUCUCUUCCGUUCUAGCAAACGUUGGUGUUCAAUUGAUUCCGGUAGACUGAAUAGAGGAGCGACGUUUGAGGCUCUACGGAUUAUCUUACUACGUUAAUUCUUGUGGGAUUACACGCUACAAAGGUAAUAUAGACUAAUCCUUUUUGUAUGGUUCAUAUGUUUGAUUAUGUUUAUGAUCCUGAAAUAGAUGUUAGGGAAGUAUUUCCUGAAAUUCCGCUUUAAGCAUCU